AUGUUGGCGGCGCCGAACGAGAAGGAAGGGCCUGCAGGGGACUGCGCACGUGCAGAAUGCAGCUCCCGCCCCACGCCGGCGGGCGCGUACAGGAGUCUUCAGAGUUCUUUGCCCGGGUCCAAGACAGACCACGCCCAGCGUGACGCCACCACGUCGCCACGCCCCCCUUUUCAAAGCGCCCGCCUCCCCGCCCCGCCUCCGGGGCUCUGGAAGUGGCAUCCGGUGCGCUUGCGCCGUGCGCUAAGCAGUUCCCGGGAAAGCGCCGAGGCGGGCUGUGAGGCGAGGCGGGCUGUGAGCGAGGGAGGCAAGGGCGCGGAGCGUGGGAUGGAGGAGCCAGCCCUGCAGAGGAAGCAGGUGUCGGGCGCCCAGAAGAGGAAGAUGUCCAGUCCGGCCCAAGAGGGGGCCCAGAAGCUGCCCAGAGCCCCCUCGUGCUCACUGGACCUGCACGAGGACCCCGAUGCCGAGCAGGAGAUGGAGCCCAAUGGCCAGGAGCAGCCCCUCAGCGGGGAGGCGCUGGACCUCUCAGUCACCACGCAGGUGCCUCUGGGAGUGGCCAGCACUGGGGCUGCCCAGGGGGCCCCUGAUGGGGAAGACAUCGGCCUGUUGAACCGCCAGAGCCUGACCCACAGGCAGAGGAGGGGCAUCCUGGCCGGCCGGUGGCUGCCCCCCUCCAACUUCCAGUUCCCUAGGAGGCUGAUGGGCUCGGGCGCCAGCCAGAAGUACCGGCGCUGCAGCGCCCAGCUCCUGCAGGACUACCCCUUUGCCCACUACUCCCGGCACCUUGACGGCGUCUUCUGCGGGCCCUGCUUUGUGUUUAACAGCAACAAGGAGGCCAUCUUGGUGUCCGCCCCUUUGAAGGACUGGUCCAACAGCAAAAAGAUCCUGGAGAGGCACAGCAGGUCCAAGGAGCACGGCCAGGCCGCGGUCAAGACGGAGGCCUUCGCGGCCUUGGAGCGCAAGAAGCAACUGAGUGAGCGGGGCCAGCACCCCCUGAAGCAGAUGAUCAAGCUCAUCCUGCUCUGCGGCAGGCACGACAUCACGCUGGGCCCGAGGCCCGCCGUCGCCAAGACCUUGUCCACCCUCUGUCGCUACAUGGCCGAGCUGGACCCUCUGUGGAAGGAGAGCCUGAAAGGCGGCCCCUGUGCUGCCCCCGAAGCCUCAGAACACACACUGGAAGAGCUCAUCAGGCUGACCGGCCUUCAGAUCCAGAGCAGGGUCCUGGCCAGGGUCAAGGCGGCUGGGUUCUUCAGUCUUAUCGUCGGCGGGAGCUCGGAACCGUCCACCAAGGAGAACGUCUCCCUCUCGCUCUCCCUGCGUUAUGUGCAUCGCCCUGAAGGAGGCCCGGUGGAGAUCCGUGAGGACCCCGUUGACUUUGUGGAGGCGUCCGGGGAGGCGGCGGAGAGCCUGUCUGAACUCUUUCUGCAGAGGGUGACGGCCUGGGGUCUGCAGAAGGAGCUCCUGCGGGGCUACGGCCACCGGGGGGGCUGCCCCCGCAGGGGGCAGUGGGCAGGGAUCCACGAGCUCUUUCCCGAGGCUGUCUGCUCAGCCUCUGCUAUGCACCAGCUGACCGCGGCUGUCAUCCGCUCCUGCGUCCUGCGUCCGGUCACCAAGUUACUAGACACGCUGAGCAGAAUUUCCCUGGUGUUGAAGUCCUCUGCAGAGCACCUCGGUCCUUGGCCCCUGGCACUGAGGGCCUUCCUGGGUGAUGAUAGCGACCCUGGGGAGGAGGAUGAGGAAGACGGAACAGAGAAGGUCUGGGGCACAGCUGGCCCCCGGCAUCCUCACCUUGCCGACGUGCUCAGCUCCUUCCGAGACGAGUACGCCCAGGUCCUCGAGGCCUUGCAGACGCUGGCGGAGGAUGACGGUGAGGCCGAAAGGCUCUUUUAUUCCAUCACCAAGUUUGACUUCCUGGUGACCCUGGUCUGUGUUGCCUUCGUCCUUUCGUGCACCAAGGCCCUUCACCUGGACCUGCACCCUCAACGGGUGGACGCUGAUCUCAUCCGUCUCUCAGAAGAGGCGAAUCUCCUCCUUCAGAGGUUCCGGAAAAUGCAGGACAAGGAGGACCCCGCGUUCGAGUCACUCUAUGACGAUGUGAGACUCUUAGCUGCCGGUGUCGGGGUCAAGGAGUCCCCGCCUCUGACGUGCGGCAGGCUGGCGUCCCCUGAGGCCUUCGGCGCCCAGGACCUCCGGGAGGGCUAUCGGACGUCCUUGUUCAUCCCGUUUCUGGACCACGCCAUUUCUGAGCUCCAGGAGCAGCUGCUGGACAGCUGUCCCCGCUUCCUGGUCCAGUACCUCAUCCCGGACAAGCUGCCUCUGUUGGACGGCCAGGAGGCGGAAGCAGCUGUCUACGAGGCCUUCCGCGGGGACCUCCCCAGCCUGGACAGCUUUUGCCUAGAGUUGCGGAGCUGGAGAGCGAACUGGACAGAAGUACCCAGGGAGGAUCGGCCCAGUAGCCUCCUGGGUACCCUGCAGCACCUGAACCCGGUCUGCUUCCCCAGCAUCAAUGCGGCCCUCUCCAUCCUGGCCACCAUGCCCAUCAGCGUCCCCCCCGGGGAGCGGUCCUCCCGGGCGCUGCAGAGGGCCAAAAUGUGGCAGAGGAACCCGGGGAAGGGAAACCCACUCACAGGCCUGGCUCUGAUAUCCAUCCAUCAGGAUAUCCCGGUGGAUGUGGACCAGGUCUUGGGGGGUCUCCAUCUGUUCACACACUGACUCACUCAGGGGUCCGGGUAGGGUUGAAGCUGCUGUUGGAACAAGUUGGAGCGGAUGAGGAUGGCCUAAAUGGGAGGGGUGGGUCUCUGAUGGUUUAUACCUGUACAUAGUAACUAACACCUGGGGCUUAUCCCAGGCUUCACCUGCACUCAACUUAUUUUUUAAAUUUUUAUUUAUUUAUUUUUUUAGGGAGUCAGAGUUAAGUGACGUACCC